UUAAGUUGUGCUUUUUUUAACGGGUGUGCUGCAGCUUAAAGCAGCAAAAAUGCAGAAUCUGACUGAACUUCCUUUUAAUGCAACUUCCCAAAAAAGUCUGUCUGUUAUUAUCAAAGUAUGUGCAGUUAUCCCCUUCUUCAGCACCUUCCUCUGCUGCAUUGCUGUCAUGCUACAUGUGUUUGCAUCUCACAGGCAGUUCCUAAACACUUCACGCUACAUCCUGUUUGCCCACAUGUUGAUCAAUGACACCCUGCAGCUUCUGUCCUCUGUGCUGCUUUUCCUACUUGUAAUGGGUCAGGUAAAAUUUCUUGUUUUCUACUGUGUUCCUCUGCUGUUCAUAUCCACUGUUACUUAUCAGAACACACCUUUAAUCCUGGCCGCAAUGUCCCUGGAGCGUUAUGUUGCCAUCUUCUAUCCCCUGCAGCGCCCGGCUGCCUGGCGCUCAGGCCGUAUCUGGAUCAUUAAUCUUUGUCUGUGGCUUAUAAGCUGCAUGUCCCACAUCAUCGAGUACUCCAUCGGGAAGCAACGUCCUGCUGUAGAUGUCCUCUUUACACCUGUGCUCUGCAAAAAUAUACUUAUCAACUCAUCUCCAAUCCAAGCAUUAUUCAGAACUGCUGUGAGUGUGAUGUUCUUUGCAGUUGUGGCUGUUGUCAUCUUCUCCACAUAUGUGAGAAUCCUGCUGGAAACCAGGAAGCUGAGACAGGACAGAGUAUCUGUGAACAAAGCCAAGCACACUGUGCUGCUGCAUGGCUUUCAGCUGUUUCUUUGCAUGUUGGCUUUCACUCUCCCCAUCACUGAAAGUCUGACAUUGUUGUACACUAACUGGCCAGCAGAAGACAUUGCCUUUUUCAAUUAUUUCUGUUUUAUCCUAAUCCCACGCUUUCUUAGCCCACUCAUCUACGGCUUCAGAGAUCACAGUCUGAGGAGAUACAUUGGGAAAACAUUCCUCUGCUGCUCAAACGCAGUCAAGCCCCAUUUCAGAAGCAAACAGCAGGACAGCUUGUCUGCUUCUUGAAAAAAAAAA